AUGGCACCGAAGCUCUUGAGAGCCCUCCUUGACGAUCCUGAGUCAGUGGGCCUCAACGAAGUCGUUUGUGCUUGCUGUGCACCUGCGCAAGUGGUAGCUGGCGGUUGCACCGCUGCUGCCAACUACAGAUGCGAAGCUGCAGGGCGUAGCUUCGCUGCUCGCUUCGAGGCGACUGGCCAGGGCCAGUCUCCGAGUGAGAGCGAUCAGGACCAGGCCGCUGAGGAGGGCGAGGAAUACAACAAGGGCCCGAAGGGCUCGAAGGAGGACAAGUCCUCAGGUGGAUACUUGAAGAUCAGUGAGCUACUGAAAGGAGUGAAUCUCUACAAUCUGAUGGGCAUUUCGGAGGGUGCCUCCCAGGACGAAAUCAAGAAGGCCUACAGAGGCUUGGCCCUGACAGCGCAUCCGGACAAGCAGGCCGCAAUGGAACCAGAUGAAGCCAAGAAGGUACAGGAGAACUUCGUGAAAAUCCAGGAAGCCUACGAGUUGCUUUCCGACCAAUCAAAGCGGAAACAAUACGACUCCAGCUUGGAUUUCGAUGAGAGCCUUCCCAAGUUUCGCCCGGACAGCGGCCAGGACUUCUUCCAGGUCUUCGGCGAGGUGUUCCGCCGGAAUGCUCGUUUCUCUGUGAAGCGCCCAGUUCCCGAGUUGGGAAGCUUGGAGGACGAGCCGCGAGCAUGGAAGCGAUUCUACGACUUCUGGUAUGGCUUUCAAUCAUGGAGAGAUCCAGUGAUGCUCGCACAGAAAGCUGGUGAAGAGAUUUGUGACCUUGAGGAAGCCGAGUGCCGCGAAGAGAGGCGCUGGAUGAUGAGGGAGAACCAGCGUGUGGCCCGGCAGUACAAGCAGCAGGAGCGCGACCGGAUCUCCAAGCUUGUCAGUUUGGCCGAGUCCUUCGAUCCUCGCAUUCAGGCCGAGAAAGAGGCCAAGCGACUGGCUCGCGAAGCAGAGGCCGCUCGACGAGAGGAGGAGCGAACGGCUGCCAAGCGAGCCAAGGAAGAGGCCUGA